UCGAUGUAUAAUACACAGGAAAUGCACGGUAAGUGUAUUUUAUAUAUAAAGGUUUUCCUAGAGUCGUGUUAACGAGGAUUGGAAAUGGCGUCUGCGAAAUACGACAAGGAGAGCAAUGUUUUGCCCGAAAUGGUCGUACCAGCGGUUGAACAAAGAUCAAACGAGAAAAGCGAUAAAGACACAAGACUAAAUAAAAUGGAAUCUGCUGUUGUAUCAAUUAUCGAUGCAAUUGGUGAAAAUCCUUUUCGAGAUGGCUUAUUAAAAACACCACGUCGAGCUGCGGAAGCUUUCAAUUUCUUUACGAAAGGCUACGAAGAAUCGCUCGAAGAAAUCAUCAAUGAUGCUGUAUUUGAAGAAGACCAUGAUGAACUUGUUCUUGUGAAAGAUAUAAACAUGUUCUCAAUGUGUGAACAUCAUUUAGUGCCAUUUUUGGGCAAAGUUGCAGUUGGUUAUCUUCCUGAUAAAAAAGUCCUGGGUCUUAGUAAAAUUGCUAGAAUUGUCGAGUUGUAUAGUCGUCGAUUACAAGUACAAGAACGAUUGACGAAGCAAAUUGCGGUAGCUGUCGCGAAGGCAAUCAAUCCAACUGGCGUUGGUGUUAUUAUUGAAGCAUGUCAUAUGUGUAUGGUGAUGCGAGGUGUCCAAAAGACAGGGAGCUCGACGGUAACUAGUUGUAUGCUUGGAGUUUUUCGUGACGACGCAAAAACAAGAGAAGAAUUUUUAAAAUUAUCAUCUAGCAACACUUCGUUAUUUUAAUUUCGUUUAGUUUUGUGUCAUGUUGCUCUAAAUUAGCAAAUGACUAGAGUAUAGUAUUGUCACAUGUCUAUUGAUUUUAUUUAUACGAUCCUUUUCUUAUUAAUACAUUUACAUGUUGUAUGGACUCAUAUAAGAAUCGUAAAGUAGUAGUUACUGAAGAUUUUCUUCCGUUUCUUAAUGUUUACCUUUAUAAUGUUAUAAGGGGAAAUAACGCUAAAGUUCAAUUCUUUUCAUAAUGCUCUUGAAAAUUUGAAACCGCCCUAUGUACCAUGCCAAAAUUGUUGAAUAUAUUUAAAUUUGGUAUUUAAAAAAUGAAAAAUAUUUUCUUUGUUCUACACAGAAA